AUGGAAUCUUUUGCAACAACCAUUCGUUUCGUCACGCUGACCUGCCGAACAUUAUCGAGUGAACUCCAACAAGCCCCUCUAUCCAGACUUCUGCGAUAUUUCUAUGUGCAUUUCGCUGCACUGCAGGAAACACGAGUGAGAGAUCGGCCCGUCAUCAGCAUCGAAAAUUACACCAUAUACUGGGGCGAUGCUGAUGAGAAGAAAGUACAUGGCUGCGCGAUAGCUGUGAGGAACGAUUACAAGAACCUGGUGGAGGAAUUUGGCUCAACGUCGUCUAGAUGCGCCUUUCUACGACUGCGGGAUCGCAGAGGACGUAAACUCUGGAUCGUAAGUGCUCACGCACCUACGGAAACCGCUGAAGACAACAGUAAGGACGCCUUCUAUGAUGAACUCAAUGCGUUGAUGUCUAAAAUACCAAGCCAGCAGGUGGUCAUUGUCGGAAUCGACGCAAAUACGAAGAUGGGACUCGAACAGCAAUCCGAUGUGCUAGGAAAAUGGUACUAUGCAGCGGAGCGCACGUCGAAGAACGGUGACCGUCUGGUCGACUUGUGCGAACAGACGGGCCUCAUCAUCGCUUCCACGUUCAAGAGGAAUCCUCGACGCCAUCAGCUCACGUGGCAGGGGUCAACCCUUUUAACGCCUGAAGAGCAGCGCAAGCGGAAGAUGAGGACUUUUAAACUUCAACUCGACUACGUUCUGUCGAGGAACAUUCCUCAGUCAGAUAUCAGAAAAUCUAGAGCUGUUUGGGACGUCGCGUUCGACUCUGACCACCGUCCAGUUCUUCUCAGCUUCAAGAUACGAUUCCACAAGAGAAACCGAGGAGUUCCUCUUCAACCGAAAAUCGACAUGGCAGGUAUGAAAGACGAUGAAUGCAGAAGAAAAUUCCGCCAACGUGUGUCUAUUCAUGUUGGAGUACGGACCAGGAAGAAGCUUAGCGAUGCGGAUUCCUUCACAAAUUGCAUUCACGACGCUGCAAGGGAAACGCUCCCGCUUCUAUUGCCGCAGAAGAAGUUUGCCUUUGCAUCUGCGGAAACAAAAACCCAGGAAAAGCGUCUUAGAAGCAAGCUGCGUCGUCAACUGCAACAAGACCGCAGUAACGAAUGGACGUCAAGAGCGAUGGAGUUUGUGAAGGCGUGGAAGAACAGGAACCCGCGGAAAGCCUACGCUCUACUAAAACAGUAUAGCGGCAAAAUGAAAAGAUGUUCCCAUGUCCUCAACACUGCUAAUGGAGUAGCUGUCGGUGAAGCAACCCUUCCAAUUUGGAAGAAACACUUCAAGACCUUGCUGAACCGGCUAGCACCGUCAGCUCCUGAACUCGAACACGUUCAUAGACCGACAUAUGCGGUUAACGAGAAGCCACCGACCGAGUCGGAGGUCCUGGUCUGUACUCAGAAAAUGAAGAAUGGAAAAUCUGGUGGAGACGACGGGAUUAGCGCAGAAAUGCUAAAAUAUCUCCCUCCGUCUGGGAUUCGUGAGAUGACAAAGAUCAUCCCUUCAAUAUGGAUAAACGAAAGGAUACCUGAUUCGUGGAGACAGGCUAUCAUAAUUCCCCUCCACAAGAAGUUAUCCGUCACGGAACUAGAAACAAAAACAACGCGCGACGAGCAAGCUGGCUUUCGUCCUGGCCGACCUACGAUUGACCAGGUGUUCAUCGUCAGGAGAGUUAUCGAAAUCUGGCAGCGGUAUUCAAAGCCAAUGCAACUAGCGUUCCUGGACUUUGAAGCCGCUUUCGGCUCUCCUCAUCGAGGCCGUCUUCUCAACGCGCUCUGCGCCUGUGGAGUACCAGGAAAGUUCGUUCGAUUGCUUGAUGACAUGAAUCAACGAACAGCCGCUGCAGUUCAAACACUAGCCGGAUGUACAACACCGUUUAAGGUGGUAACUGGAGUAUGA